CCGUAGAACGUCGACGGCCGCAGCUGCAAAAUUUCCGUGAAUCGGCGACGAGGAGGGACGAAGAUGGCGGAUGAGGAGGAGGUGAAGGAGCCGACUGACGGCCGAGGGGAGUUAGCCGGCGUUUGGCUGGAGCCCGAACAAGUAGUCAGGAUUUGGCAGGAAGGAGUUGAUCUGUGUUCUGGAAUAUACCAAUACUUCAUGGAAUAUGUCCCUCUAGUACACUGUUCAGGAUCAGAAGUCAAGUUACCUGAGGAGGAACAGGCCUAUCAUGUGUUACUUCAAACCCUGGAAUGGUUUCUCUUUGGGGAGUCCCCUGAAGCUGGUUUUGCAAAGCUGGAACAAAAUAAUACUUCACAACUAUGUGGCCGAGUUUUCAAAGGAGGAGAAACCACAUAUUCCUGUCGAGACUGUGCAAUAGAUCUUACUUGUGUACUAUGCAUGGACUGUUUCCAAAACAGUGUUCACCGAAAUCAUCGGUACAAGAUGAAUUCUUCCCCUGGAGGAGGUUUUUGUGACUGUGGUGAUAUUGAAGCCUGGAAGACUGGACCAACGUGUAUAAAGCAUGAACGCAGUCCAUCUGAGGACAUAAAGAAUCCUGCGAGCCAAUUACCUGUAGGUGUGGCUGAACGAGCCCAAGACUUGUUCACUAUUAUAUUCAUGUAUAUUGUGGACAUGCUGAUUUGGACAGAGGACAAAGAGCUGCAUCCAAGACUGCAACCAAGGGAGAAGUUGGACUCUUAUUUCUGUUUGCUGUUUAAUGAUAAGCAGCCUUUGUUUGACCACAUAAUUUACUUGCUCCAGCGGGCAUUAGACUGUUCACAAAAAGAAGCACAGAAUUACGCUGCCUUGAUAGAUAGAGAGGGUCGUAGAGCUGUAAAACAUGGAACAUUGCUUUCGUGUCAAGAAACAAAGCUUGAAGUUUUUAAUAUUUUAGACAGUGUCUUGCAGUCACCUCUUCAUGUUGAGAUUCUUCACUCAAGUGUUGUAUCCCAUCAGGCAUUUGCUUUGCGUCUUCUCUCCUGGCUCAGCCAGCUUAUUGGUCGUUCGGCUGGAUUGCGUCAAAUUUUCUGUGAAGUUGUACUUCACCAACCUCCAGGCUCGGAUCAACCUUGCCUGGUCAGCAAAUUAAUGUUAGCUGACACCAAAUUGUGGAAAGGAGCUCGCAAAGUCUUCCAUGAAUUAAUAGUGUGCAUUUUGCUGAUGGAAACAGAAUACAAGCGACUCUUUGCUGUUGAAUUUAUCACACAUUACAAGCAAUUGCAGCUUAAUUUUGUGGAGGAUGAUCACGAUCGAAACAUAUCUGUGACUGCUCAGUCUGUACAAAUAUUUACUGUUCCAACACUGGCUCGUUAUUUGAUUGAAGAACAUGGUGCACUAAGAAUCAUCAUCGAGACCAUAAUUGAGCUGUUUUCUGAGCACAUGGAUAAUGGCAAGCUUCACUUUCAGAGUAGCUACCAGGAAAAAUCACUAAGGAAGCAAAUGGUCUUUUAUGAUCUUAAAUAUGUGUUAAUCAGCAAACCACCUCUUUGGACAGACCGGCAGAGAGAACAUUUCCUAGAAGGUUUUAGAACCUUUUUGAAGCUGUUAAAAUCAAUGCAGAACAUGGAGCCAGUGAGCCGCCAGAUUGGGCAACACCUUGAGAUAGAGCCAGAGUGGGUACAAGCAUUCAAUAUCCAAAUGCUUCUGAAAUGUAUUCUGUCCAUGAUUCGGGAAUGGUGUGCAUCUGAUGAACAAGUUCUACUUCGAGCUUAUAAGGAGUGCCACCGUGUUUUGUCCCAGUGUUCUAAUGAGUGCGGUCAACGCAAUGCAAGGAGGCAGUACAACACUCUGACUCUGUGUGGUCACUCCAUCAGCUUGAAACGCUAUUUGGUAUCACGAGAGUCUGUCAGUAUUCACCUUCCCUUAUCCAGGCUCCUUGCAGGUUUGCAUGUGCACCUAAGCAAGAGUGGAGCAAUUAACAAGCUCGAGGAGCUUGUACCACCAUCGGAAUUUCAUGUAGAAAAACUGAUGGAUUACCCAUUGCGUUGCUUAGUGCUGAUGUCUCAAGUCACGGCUGAAAUGUGGAGAAGAAAUGGAUUUUCCUUAGUAAAUCAGGUGUAUCACUACCGUAAUGUAAAGUGGAGGGAAGAGAUGUUUGACAAAGACAUAAUUAUGUUACAGAUUGCUGCCUCUAUUAUGGAUCCAAAUCGGUUCCUAAUAUUUGUACUCAAUAGAUAUGAGUUAUUUGAAGUUUUUUCUAAGCCUGCAUUUGCUCGAAAUAAGGAUGUAAUCCAGCAGACUAAUAUUUUAAUAGACGAAUUACUCCACCUCAUUAUUAUGGUUGUUGGGGAGAGGUAUGUUCCUGGAGUAGGCCAUGUGAUGAAAGAUGAUGUCACUCUCAGAGAGGUGAUCCAUUUACUGUGUAUUGAACCAAUGCCUCACAGUGAACUGGCAAAAUUAUUACCUGAGAACGAGAACAAUGAAACUGGUUUGGAAAAAGUUAUACAUCAAGUGGCUACAUUUAAAAAGCCAGGGUUAACUGGGCAUGGUGUUUAUGAGCUGAAGCCAGAAUGUCAGAAGCACUUCAAUCUCUUUUUCUACCAUUACUACAAGUCACAACAAACAAAGGCUGAGGAAGAGCAGAAAAAAAAGAAAAAACAAACCAACAGUGAUGAAGCUCUUCCACCUCCUGUCCCCCCUCAGUUCUACGCAACAUUUGCAAAGGUUGCAAACAUUUUGAAAUGUGACGUUUUUAUGCUGAUCAUCAGAACAGUUCUUCAACGAGCUGUAGAUUCCAUUGGGCAGUUGUGCAAUGAAGCAAUGGUGCAGAAGACCCUUCAUCUCAUCUGCUUGGCUUUGCAAGAAGAACAGAGACAGCUCGAAGGAGUCACUGCAGAGGAGGAUGUGACAUUUGAUGUGUACCUCAAAGCAACAAGGAUAGGUAGUUCUGCCGUGAAUGCUGAGAGCAUCCUGACACUCCUGGAGAAACUAAAACAUGUACAUCAAUUAGAUGCCCAGAAGGACAUGAUUGUUUAUACCUUACAGAUGUUUGAUGUUGUGAAAAGGCUGAGAGAGAAAUCGAGCCCCAGUUCAGCAGACAUUGACAUCCAAAGGGCAAAUGAGUCCAUACAGGACAAAGAUAAGGCUGAGAGAAAACGGAAAGCAGAUGCUGCCAAAUUAUAUCGACAGAAGAUCAUGGCACAGAUGUCUGCAAUGCAGAAAAACUUCAUUGAAUCAAACAAACACCUAUAUGAAAAGGUGACAGAAGUUCAAAAACAAGGAGCAAUCAUAGCUGAGAAUGAAAGCAUUCCUCUGGUGGAAGCUUCUGGUAUAGCGCUGGGACCGAUGCAAGGUGCAACAGCAACCGAGAAAAUAAUACUGACCUGCAUCUUGUGUCAGGAAGAGCAGGAAGUGAAAACAGAUGAAAUGGCCAUGGUACUAGCAGCUUGUGUUCAGAGAUCAACGGCCUUGACAAAACAUAGGUGUCGAAUCAUAACAAGUAUAGGAGACAACUACGAUCCAAUCAUUAUGCAUCCUGACCUCGGCUGUGGCACUCAUAUAGGAAGCUGUGGGCAUGUGAUGCAUGCCACCUGCUGGCAAAAAUGUUUUGGAUCUAUGCAGAACCCAACACGCAACCGGGUUCAUGUUGAACUUCCUUUUGGUCUGGAAGAUGGAGAGUACCUCUGCCCUUUGUGCAAGACUCUUUGUAAUACUGUCAUCCCAGUCAUUCCACUGCAAGCACACAGUCUAGACAGCAAAGAUAUCGAAGCAAUAGCACCUACACUCACAAUAUCUCGCUGGCUAGAAAAUGUCUCAGCAAGAAUUAUGGGAUUGAAUGCUUCGGGCACAAAAGAGGAGGAAACCGGUCUCAUUCAAGUGAACCCAGUUCUGUGGGAAAGUCCUGUGGACUUUAGGUCCAUCCUCAGCUUUGGAGUCCAAUCACCAGUCAAGUAUUCGAAAAGCAUUGUGGAAAUGCUGCUGCUGUUUGCUACCGCUGUGUACCGGGUGGGAUUGAAUGUUGACCCGAAUGAAGUUGAUCCUCGAGUUCCGCUGAUGGCGUGGAGUGCCUGUGCCUUUACAAUCCAAUCCACGGAGAACAUACUUCAUGAAGAGGACAAAGUUUUAUUUGGAUCAUUGCCAGACAGACAGGGUAUAAGCCUGAAGGCAGUUCUACAGUUUGCUGCUUCUCAGAGAGUGGUGGCCUCAGCCAAAGUUAUCCAGAAGCACCUAACUCGCUUACUAUCUGUUUUUGUGCCUCCCUUGGAUGUUGAAAACAAUUGGUCUUUUCUGGAUAUUGACUUCUUCCACCUCAUGGUAAGUCUAGUCUUAGCAUUUCCUUCAUUGUACUCGGAAGAGACUGUGGAGCUGCAACCCUCUGAUAUCAGCUGUGCUUUCAACAACCUCUACCUCUUCCAUCUGGUUACCAUGGCACAUAUCGUGCAGAUACUUUUUACCUCAACAACAGACUGUCCCAUGGAGCAGGAUGGAGAGGAAAGUGAGGAGACCCGUUCAGCAGCAGAACUUUAUGAAACUCUUCAAGAAUACACAGGCAGAUGUUUAGAAAGUAAGCCCCAUGGCUGGUACUUGUGGAAUUGUGUGAAGUGUGGCAUCACUCCAUUCCUCCGCUGUUCUGCUUUGUUCUUCAACUACCUACUUGGUGUGCCACCACCUGGGGAUCUCUCAAAAGGUACUUCAGAAGGGCAUUUUGAAGCCUUAUGUUAUUACCUGGCUUUACCUACCAAUCUUUUCAAGCUUUUUCAUGACUAUAAGGACAUAAUGAACCCUUUACUGCAAAGAUGGUGUUUUGAUUCUUCCGUGCAAAGCUUUCUCAAGGGGCAGAGAACAUCAGUCCGAUAUCCUAGGGAAAGAAAUCAGUUAAUACAUCUCCCGGAGGAUUACAGUUCGCUUCUGAAUCAGGGAAGUCAGCACAGUUGCCCCAGAUCGUCAGAUGAUGAACCCAAGAACCUUGCCCUUUGCAUGUUUUGUGGAGCUAUGCUGUGUUCACAGAGUCAGUGUUGCAGGGAAGAAGUGAAUGGAGAAGAGUUUGGCGCCUGUGUAGCUCACACUAUGAACUACGGGUCUGGAUUGGGAAUGUUCCUCAGAAUACGGGAGUGUGAUGUCCUGCUGCUGGCAGGAAAAAACAGAGGAUGUUUCAUACCUGCUCCAUACCUGGAUGAUUAUGGAGAGACGGAUCAGUUUCUCAGGAGAGGCAACCCACUGCAUCUGUGCACUGAGCGAUACAAGAAACUCCAACAGCUAUGGCUACAGCACCGCAUUCUCGAAGAGAUCACAAGGAACCAAGAUGUAAAUCAAAUCGUCUUUGAUUGGGAGCAGCUUUGAACACUUGAUCAGCAAUAUCACUGUACUUUGCUAUUUGUAUCACGUCAGUGGUUAGUUUCUCAGAGCUGAUUAAGUUGAUGUGCGCUGUUUCUAAUCUGCUGUGGCUGUAAUCUGGUUACAGUGCAGCCAGCUCAUACCAGCAAGGAAGCCAAUAACUUGUAGUUUCAGGCCUCCAGAUAUUCUUAAAAUGCCUUUUAACCAUAUGUCUUACAUGGAGACCUUGGAGUAAAAAAGGAAAACUAAUUGGAGGGCAAAGUUAGAAACUUCAACUUGAUGGUUAUAUUUCUUCCAACCCCAAUUCUUCCCCGGCACUGCCAUAUUUGUUGUGUAAGUAAUUUUCCAGCCCUGGAGAGGUCAGAUCAGUCCAAGCACUGAUAUUUGAAUUGGUGUAGCUGUACCAGUUUGAAGAACAGUUGAAGGAGGAUAAACAUUUAGUGAGCUGUGAUCACGGCCAUUCAUUUAUACGCCUUGCUUGCACUAAACAUUUUUUACAAAAUUACUGCCCUUAACUAUGUUCGGGAUGUAUCAGGGAUCCAGAUACACAUGUUUUGAUCACAGGGAUUUGAGAAACAUAUUUAUCUCCAUAAAGUUUGCUUUAUUCCAUAAUUUUAGUCAAUGUAUUUGAUAUCAGCCAGGAAUUAACAGUACUUGACAGAUUCUGUUCUGUUUUGCUUAAUUUCUGUCUGUAAAUAACAUUGUUUUAUGGAUGCAGAAAUUAUUAUCCACACUUGAAUGUAUGAAGUGAUAGGAAAUUAAAUGUAAUCGCAGAAGUUUGCCAACUGCCCACCCCCCAAGUUUGCCGCCUCAUUCAUAAGGUCAUGGCUGACCCUGUGUCUUGUAGUUCGAAACAAUGCAAAUGCCUUCAGUCGGUCAAGGCUUAAAGUGUGGGUAGUAAGAUGAAAAAAAACUUUUGAAGAGAAGCUGAUUUUUAUCUUAUCCUUGAAUAUUAAAUGUGAAAACUUUCAGAGGGGAUACUGCAAUAUUGAACUUGAGAGAGCUCAAAAAUGUGCGCAAUUGCUGGAAGUUCAUGUAAAAGGACAUUUGGUGAUUAAAAUACAAUGGAAGUUUUGGAAUCUGUGUGUGCCUGCCCUGUUUCAUAUAAUGCUUGACAGUGAAUUGCAUUUGAUUGUGAUGCUCUUUAGCAUGGUGAAAACAGAAUUGUUGGAACAAGGAAGAUUUUUAUCUUCUCUGAGCUCCAUUGUAGGUAUCUGAUUUUUCACUUGAUUCUCUUUGUCUUAAUAGAGCUAUGUGACCUAGUAAUAGGGUCUACCAAGUUUAAACAAAUAUUUUAUAAAGUUAAUUACAAAUAAAGAAUAUACCAAAUAUAGCAUAUUUUCUGUUUUUAUUUUUGGAGUGGGACUGUAAUAAAUUACAUGGUU